UUUCUCUUCUCAUUCGUCUUUAAUUUUCAUUAUUGAAUUAGUUCCCACCCCACCUGCACCCUGCUAUAUAUCUCCCCAGUGUAAAAUGAAUGAGUGCUAUUUCCAUCCUGAAGAGUUGGUUGUGGGGGUUUGUGCAUUGUGCUUGAAUCAAAGACUUUUAGUUUUAGCUUCAAAGCAAGACCAAACAACUCAUACAAAGAAACCUUCCAUAUCCCUGCCAAAGAUUUUUACAAUCAGUGGUGUACUAAAUGGCCAAGAAAUCAGACACCUCAAAUCCCAGGAUUGUAUCAGUUCCUCCAGCAGUCAAGAAGACUCCUUUAUAUCAAUCAAAUUUGAAGACAAUGGUGUUGCCUCUUGGGACGAGAGCACAACCAAGAAAACAAAGUGUGUAGUAGAGCAAGCGAAACCACGUAGCACGCUAAUGUGGCGGAAGCGGAUUGGGCACCUCUUCCAGCUCAGCAGAUGGAGGAGGUCUAGUAAACACAGUGUGGGCACAAAGUUAGAAGGGGCAAAGGUUAGAUAUGGAUGGAUAAGGGCCCUUGCAAAGAGGAGGACCAAAGAAUAAAAGGUUUGGACAGAAAGAGACAAGCUUGUCCACCACUACUUCCAGAUUUGUGUGUAGGAUUUGAAGGCCUAGUGUGAAUGGAAAGUGAUCAUACAAUAUAUGAAUGAGAUGGUACAGCCAAAUUUUCUACCUUAUCAUCAAUUCCCCUGCCAAAUGUAUAAAAUGAUUUUAGUGUUGA